AUGUCAACAAGAAGCAACUUCAACUUGAAAGGCAAAAGGAAUGGCUUCGACGAAUUGGCAGAAGAUCUUACGCCAGAAAAGUUUGCGAAUGCUGUGUGUGUAGCGACCACUUCAUAUCAGAAUGAAUUAAUUCCUACAGGCAAACCAGCAGACCUACAAAAGAAAGAUGACCCAGACUGGGCACCAAGUCAAAAUCUUGGCCACAACAAUGCGAAAAAGAUAAACACAGAACGAUCGUCUCGCUACCAAGGGAUAAUUGAAAAGAAGAGAAGAUGUGAAACUGCUAAUGUCCUUACAGCAAUGUCAAGCGAGCAGCCCAAUGAGGUUGUUGAUAAAAUGGACACCUCUGAACCAAAGACAAAUGAAAUGUCAGCACAGACUGAUAAAACUGUCAAUGAGCUGAGGUUAUUUGAAGAUGAGGUGGAUUUUCUAAGGAAGGAAAAUUCUGAUUUAAAGAAAAAAUUAUUGCAAAAGGAACUAAAUGAGGAUGCAUUUAAAGAUGAUGAUGAAAAGAACUUUGUGUCUGGCUUCUUGUCACAAUCAUCCAGGUGUAUGCUUAGCCCUUUCCAGAGACUCAUUCUUACAUUAAUGAGAAUGAGACUCAACCUUUCUGGUAAAGACUUAGCCAAUAGGUUUGAUGGAAUUCAUGAAGCAACUGUUUCCAGAGUUUUUAUUCAAAUGAUGGAUAUUCUACAUAGCAGGCUUUGUCCACUUAUCCAUUGGCCUGAACGAGAAGUCUUAUUAAAAACAAUGCCCAUGGAUUUUCGCAAGAACUGCCCAGCAUGUGCUGUGAUAAUUAAUUGUUUUGAGAUUUUCAUCGACCGUGCAUCUAAUCCUUUAGCCAGGGCACAAACAUACUCAUCAUACAAACACCAUAACACUGCCAAGUAUUUGAUAGGAAUUACUCCCCAAGGUAGUGUAAGCUUCAUAUCUGAUGGAUGGGGUGGUCGUGUCAGUGACAAACACUUAACAGAAGAAUGUGGUCUUCUAGAAAAGCUUACCCCAGGGAUGUAA